UUCUCACGGAUAAGCUGUCGUCAUAAAGCAGCUAGCAGCAGACACACAGCAUUGAAUUAAUCGAUCAGUGCAUUUAACCUUUUCACUGCUGAGGAUGGAACUCUGAAAAAUCAGGGCUGCAUUGUAUGAUGGGCCUUGUUUAUCGGUAGCUGGCGCACAGUAGGUGCACAAUGAAUAAGCCUUGAUGGAGUACCAACUGUAUGCCAAGCCCUCUCCUGGAUGAUGGAAAACAAGCCAUGAACAACAGAUUCUGUCCUGGCAAGCUAGUGAUGCGGAAGCUGGAGAUGGACUUCCAGGAAGCUGGGCAGCAGAUGGCUUCCCCCACCUGCGCAAUGGGUUCCCUGGACAGCCUGGAGCUUCUAGACCUUCUAUUCGACAGGCAGGAUGGCAUCCUGCGACACAUAGAGGUGGGGGAGGACUGGAGCCUCACCACGGAGGAGCAGGUUCUACCAAAUUCUGACUCUGAUGACUUCCUAAAUUCCAUCCUGGGACAGGGAGACUCUGACCCCACUUCCCCCAUCUGGUCUCCGGCUGCCAGUGACAGUGGCAUUUCUGAAGAUCUGCCCUCUGAUGCCCAGGACAUCCCUCCUCGCAGCAGUGGGGGGACAGUGGAUACGACAACCAGGUGUCAUCUGGCCGAGCCUGGCAAAGGGCUCUGUCCAUCCUAUGUCCCCAGGACCCCAUGCCCUGUGGCUCCCCAGGCACCAGUUCUUGAGUCCUCUGUGGCCAUCGACCUGGACCCGUGGACUGGGGAGGGCCUAUAUGCAGAGGAGCAGUCGAGCUCACUGUCCCGCUUCAGCCUCUCCGUGAAGGAUCUUCUGCUAUCGAGCAGCGGCGGGGACUUGCAACAGCAUCACCCGGCUGCCUCCCACCUGCUGGGACCUGGGAAUGGACACUGUCAGGAGCUGGUAUUGACUGAAGAUGAGAAGAAACUUCUGGCUAAGGAAGGUGUCGCGCUUCCCACACAGCUGCCCCUUACCAAGUAUGAGGAGAGGGUGCUGAAAAAAAUCCGCAGAAAGAUCCGGAACAAACAAUCAGCUCAAGAAAGCAGGAAGAAGAAGAAGGAGUACAUCGAUGGCCUAGAGAUACGGAUGUCAGCCUGCACCGCCCAGAACCAGGAGCUGCAGAGGAAAGUUCUACACUUGGAAAAGCAAAACCUGUCUCUUCUCGAACAACUGAAGAAACUUCAGGCCCUUGUGGUCCAGUCCACCAGCAAGUCAGCCCAGACGGGCACUUGUAUAGCGGUCCUUUUGCUGUCCUUUGUCCUCAUCAUCCUCCCUUCUGUCAGCCCCUUCGCCUCCAACAAAGCCGACAAUCCCGGAGAUUUUGCGCCCAUGCGAGUGUUUUCCAGAACCCUGCACAACUACGCUGCAUCCCGCGUGGCUCGAGACACUGUCCCAGGCUCCGAGGUCCCAGGACCCUGGCCCGACGUCAGCACACCCCACAAAGGUUCUCCUCCCAGCAGCCUCAGUACAGACUGGGGGAACUUUCUAGAAAUACCAGUGCUGGGUAAUUCAACAGAUGAACUCGACAACUCCACCCUGGUGUUGGUCAACUCCACGGAGGACCUGGGCCAGGCCACCCUGCUGGACUGGGUGGCCUCAGAACAGCUGCUUAGCCCAGGACGUGGGGGGCUGGACACAGCUGGAGAGGAGCUGUGAACAUCACAGGGACUGUGGCUAGGGUCCCCCUGCUCCAGGGGUGUUUUGCGGGUGCUCUGAGCAGAGGUAUGGCGAUCCAGAGGGUCACAGAGGACCCCAGCAACUGAUGGAGCCCAGUGGGGAAGCCUGGGAGUCAGAGACCUGGGCUGGAGAGAUGCUCAGCAAUUAGAGCACUGGCUGCUCUUGCAGAGGACCUGGGUUUGGUUCCCAGCACCCACAUGGUAACUAACAUCAUCUGUAACUCUGGACCCACGGGAUCUGAUGCCUUCUUCUGGCCUCCCCAGGCAUUGCACAACAUGAUGCACUUACACACAUGCAGGCAAUACACUCAUACACAUAAAUACAAUAUUAAAAAGAGCUAGUUACCUGUUUGUUUGCUGAUACAGCCCCAGAGCUUAUGUCUCAGCAGUGUCCCCUUCAGUCACUGUGAAUGUGCAAAACCCGUGGGGACCCAGGCUCCCCAACACCAGGGAACCUGCUGGACCCGAGCGGGCACUGUGGAAAACACCCACCUUUCUUCCUUUUUCUUGUGACUGGGUCUCACCAUGUAGCUCAGGCUGGCCUAGAUCUCACAGAGAUCCACCUACCUCUCCCUCCCAAGUGCUGGGAUAAAAGGUGUGCUCCACCAGGCCAAGGUAAACACCCUAUUUUCUAAGACUGCUGUGACCUUCAAUAAAGUAUUUUAACAUUG